AUGAUCAACUGCAGUAGGCAACAGCACCUUAGCGUGGCACUUCAAGCCUCAAAAGUCAGCAACUAUGGCACGACACCGAGCUCAUCUUGCCGAAAGGUGCUCAUCUCGCAUCGGACAUCGAGCCAUUCCUCUCCCCCAUACGAUAUCCCGCUGCCACCCGGGAUGACAAGUAUUCUUGAUGCGCCAGGUGUCAGCCCACCGAAUCCCUUCUCUCAAUUGAUGCAACAUGUUUGCGCUCCCACACAUUCCUCAGGCCUGUUUGAGGAAACGGCCACCUCCAUAGUGACCGCCGUCAUCACCUCCACCGCUCCUGGCAAUACGCUCUGGCAGGUGUGGGAUGCCUUCUUCACAGCCGUUGUUGCACCUGUCUCUGAUCACACCCGACUAUUGGCUUUACUUGAGGCUCUUCGUGCUCAGCCUUCGACCAGUAUACGUCCAGGCUCGAGUGCGGCACGCUCCCUGCGAAGCCAUAUUGGCACUGAUGGAAAACUUCACUGGGUCAUGCUACCAGGGUUUGGCACACAGUGGUUCGAUACCAACAGCAUUCUGGGAGAGUGGCGAGACUGGGAUGGCGUGCGCGUCUCGAAGACAGGAGACCACUGUACCGUUACUAGCACGCUGAGUAGCAGCGGUACGGACAUGUAUCUCCGCUUGACCGACUUUUCAGCCGCGGCGUUAAAAAAAGCUGGAAAUAAAGCCGAGAUUCAUCCCAUCAAUGUCUUCUAUGCGUGCAAGAAUGUCCUCGAGUGUAAUAACUCUCAGGUUAGCGAUAGAAGGCCGCACAGAAUUUCAGCAGAGCAGAAGCGACGGCUGGACAUCCGCGUUGCAGCCACAUGGCUUCGCGAUGGAAGUCGACAUCUAGCUGAAAUAGAGCCCGCAGAAUUGCGAGAGCAUUGGGCGGCUGCAUUGGAUGAAAAGACUGAGCUAUGGCCAAGAGAGGACGGGUUGACGCAAGAACGUUGGAAGUUGUGGGUGGACAGACUGAAAGCUCUCUCUGCAGGCGAAGGAGUAUUAGAUAAGGAAACAAAGAAAAUUGCUGCGCAGGCCGUAGAUGUGGUUUGCAACUUACAUAAAAUCACUCGAGGCGCAGUAGCGCAAACAGCAACCUUGGCUCCUUGGAACUACUAUGUACCUUAUUACAAAUAUCCACAACUCAAGCAGCCUUUUGGGGUACAGAGCAAGAUGAUCUAUUCGUGCUUUCCCGAAUUUCCUGCCACAACAUGA